AUUCUUGGGUUCCUGGUUUUCUUCUUUUGUCUCCCCACAAGCACCCUAAUUCUCCGCUUCCAGAUUAUUUCCAUCUCACAUAGAAGGAAAAAAAGGGAGAGAGAAUAUAGUUAAUUCUUGCUAGAUUGUUAGAUUGCUUUGAAUUUAUUCUAUUCCUGGAAAUUUCGAAUCUCCGGCAGAAACAGAAUCUACUUUCAUCGUUUCUGAUCGCGAGAGAGGAAAGAUUGCUUCUUUCUGAAAUAUCAGUGGUGGGUUGGUUAAUCUUUGGCCGUUCAUGGGCGAUUUUAGAGAACCUUCAGAGGGCACGGGGGCGGCGGAGAUGUCAUCGAACCCACACCCGUCUUCUAUAGGGUCCGACAGGUGGUUGAGGGCGGAGAAAUUGACCCAGGACAUCAUUCAGAAUGUCCAGCCUACAUCUGUGUCUGAGAAGCAGAGGAAAUCUCUCAUUGAUUAUGUUCAGAGGUUGCUCAGAGGCUCCCUUCACUGCGAGGUAUUCCCGUAUGGAUCUGUUCCUCUAAAAACCUUUCUUCCAGAUGGUGACCUUGAUUUGACUGCCUUUGGUGGUUCCAUGGUGGAGGAUGGAUUGGCAACCAACAUGGUAUCCAUUCUUGAAAGAGAGAAUCAGAACAAGGGUGCAGAAUUUGCAAUAGAGGAUGUCCAACUCAUUUCUGCUGAGGUCAAGCUUGUGAAGUGCAUUAUACAAAAUAUUGUUGUUGACAUUUCCUUCAAUCAAAUAGGUGGCCUUUGUUCCUUGUGCUUUCUUGAGAAGAAAGUGGAAUUUCACUCUGCUCUAGAUGGUCCUUUAGCGGUCCUAUACAAAUUUUUGGAUUAUUUUAGUAAGUUUGACUGGGAAAACUAUUGCAUUACUUUGACUGGCCCAGUCCGUCUAUCAUCUCUACCUGAAAUUGUGGUUGAGACGCCACAAAAUAACGGUGGUGAUUUUCUUCUGAGUAAUGAUUUUAUUAGAGACUGUGUCCGCUUGUUUUCAGUCCCUUCAAAAGUUGGCGAAAUGAACUCCCGAGCUUUUCAGCAAAAACAUCUCAAUAUUGUCGAUCCUCUAAAAGAAAACAACAAUCUUGGCCGCAGUGUCAGUAAAGGAAAUUUCUACCGAAUACGGAGUGCUUUCACAUAUGGAGCAAGGAAGCUUGGUAGAAUUCUUCUUCAGUCAGAGGAUAACAUUGUCACUGAGCUUAAUAGUUUCUUCUCAAACACUCUGGGUCAUCAUGGAACUUCACAAACUCUUGACGUUGAAGAUCAUAGUCCACCAACAGCCGUCAAUAGUUUCACUUCAACGCUUCCUGUGUCACCGAAAGAUUCAUCUGAACAAGAGGCGCUCACUUCUAGAAUGAAAUCCGGUUCCCUUGCUGAAUCCACUGGAAGUAGUGAUAAUGAUUUAACCAGUUCAGCUAGUUCAUGUAUUGAAAGUAAUGCACCCGCAAUGUGUAAACCCUUUUUUGCCCCUCAUCUCUUCUUUACCAAGGCUGCUUGCAAUAGUUUGAAGAAAGAUCAAAUUUCAGAGACAAAGCCAUCAGAGAGUCAAGAUGGGAGAGAUUCAAAGAAAGACGUUUUGAAUGAUAAACAUGAGGUUUUGACCACUAACACAAACAUUCCCGGUCUUGAAAGCCUAAAGCUUCUGAAUAGUGGUUUGUCUGAUCUUAGUGGGGACUUCGAAUAUUACUUUAGCUGUUUGCAGUAUGGUCAGUGGUGCAAUGAACAACAGUCAGGAUCACAUGCACGCCCGUUAACACCCUCACGGUUUCAGAUAAAGUGUUUACCAGAUACAGUUUGGCAGCCAUCACAAUCUACCAAAAGUGGUUUUCCUCAGGUAGGUUAUGAUGGUUUCAUCCCAAGUCAUGCGUUCUAUACCAUGAACCAGCCACUAUUAGUACCCGGUUUGGUACUUGGCUUCGAAGAGAUGCCGAAGCAACGGGGAACUGGAACAUACUUCCCAAAUACGAAUCGACAAUCUCAUGGCUAUAGACACUCAAGGGGAAGAAGUGAGGUGACAUUGAGUUCUCCCACAAAAAAUGACAAGAAAACAACACGCGAAGAUGCACUUGUGCUUCAGAGUAGCUUACCAUGAAGAGAUGCCACAAUCUAAUGCGUGCUUGUUAGACACACUAGAAAACCAUGCCAACAGCUUGCUCAGUGUUGUACGAUAUGAGUGAUAAUAUAUGGUCUUUUCCGGUUCUAUAGCGUGUUGUGUAUGUAGAUUGAUUGUGAAUAUCAUAGCUAGGAUCUAUAAUACAUAUCACUUCACAUUUCUGCUUCCCUGCAUAUCAUUUUUCCUUAACAGUAGUUUAGAACAAAUUGAAGAAGCCCUU